UCUACUGGAAUAUAUCUCCAGACAGAGUACGCUGAAGUCAAAUGAGUUAAUAUAUAAGGUAAACGAUUUUGUAUAAUUACCUCUGAAAUUUGUCUAUUACAACGUCAGUCUGUCGACUUCGCUUGACAAGCGAACCUAGCGAAAUUUACAAGCCUCGCCCAUCGUUAGCUGUGCCUUUCUCAAGAAAAGUGCCGAAUCUUAGGUUUGCGGCACGUUAAAUGUUCAGAUGUAGUUGAUGUGGAUCACAGGAGCAAGCGAUUGCAUGCAGACCCUGCACAGUUUACAGGAAUAGCGUUCAUCAGUACUUUCGAUUUGGAACCGUCAAUAUUUGAGGUUUGACACAUGGAACACUCUGGGAGAGACGAGGAACGUAAGAGCGAAGACACUGCAGACGUUACGGAAACAGACUCCAGUUUGUCUCCUCAAGAACCAACCCUCCCUGAAGACAUCGCCUUUGACUGUGGACAUGCCGUUGAGAAGCUAACCGAUGGAUUUAUCUGUCACUACGUACCAGAGCUAAAAAACUCAAAGCAAACACUACAGGAGCUAACGCAAAAUCAAGUCAUAUUGCUGGAUACACUGGACCAAGAAAUAACUAAAUUUAAGGAGUGCAACUCGCUGCUUGAUUUAAAUUUACUGUUCACAGAGGCAAAGGUGUAUCACAGUAAACUGGUGAAUAUACGUAAAGAGAUGAUUCUGAUCCAUGACAAGACAACCAAACUGAAGAGACGAGCUUUGAAGCUUCAGCAGCAGAGACAGAAAGAGGCGUUGGAGAGGGAGCAGCAGAGGGAAAAAGAGCUGGAGCGAGAGAGACAACUCAUCGCUAAACCCGCCAAACGCGCGUAGACACGCGCCACCUCAAAACAGCCUUUCAGUUCAUAUUGACUUAAAACGCACACACAACAGAGAAGAGGGGUUUCUUAUAUCUGUGCAGAGAUCUUCUCCGUGUGGAGUUCCUCUGAGCGUAUAAGAGACUCAGAUAUGCUGUUACAGACAGAGGAUAGGUGAUGUCAUUCACUUUACUCAGGCCGUGAGGUUGGCCUAAAAGUCUCAUCAGAUGUUCCGGAAAGACCCUUUGUUACUAACAGUAUCUGAAACAAGAACCGCGCUGAGCUUGCCGACAUGUUCGCUAAUUUCCCUGAGUUUUCAUAGAUGGAAAUUUUAGAACUAAAUGCUAUCUCACCUUUUUUGGUACUUUUGAUUCU